AUGAGCGCCAACAAACACAAAACCAAGGAGGAACGAAUGGAAAUUGUCAAUGAAUAUCUUCAACAACAAAAGGAGAAGGAAGCAGUUAAGGCCCAAAGUGAUUUAUCUCAAUUGUUCGGAAAAGCUGAAAAACUUGAUAGUCCUCAAUAUUCGGAUCCAAUCGAUAAGUCCUACAAUAGAAUGUUGGACAAGGCAGCUCAGUGGAAUGAAGAAGAUUUAAAGACUUUUGGUAAAUUAACUUCGGCAACACCAAAGGCUGCCAAAAAAUUAAAUGUUAUUAUUUCCAAUAGUAUCACACAUGAUGUCCUCCAAAAUUGUUGUGAUGAUGAAGAAGAUAUCUUGCCAAAGCAAAUCUUGAACGUUAAGGAAUUCCUUGCUCUUGCUGUUGCCGCUAAGGAAAAGGGAAGCAUCACCCUCUACAAGUCAAAGGACAGAAAGAACAGAUCAUACAAGUUCAAGCUUAGAACCAGACAAUACCUUUACACUUUGAAGAUGAAGAACAAGGUUAAGGCUCAACAAUUGGAAAAGGCUCUCCCACCAACUUUGAAGAAGUCUUACAUUAACCACCCAGAAAAGAAGGAAACCAAGAAGCAAUAA